AUGGGCCUACCGAACGAUACUUCUCUCUCCCAUCCCGCUCUUGGGCAGGAUAUCCAGCUCGGCAUGCUCUACGACGCGCGCACCUCGCAAUUCUUCGGCGGCGUUUCCCUUUGGGAUCAUUCCGUGGUCAACGCCAAGCAGGAGCUGAAUGAAGCACAGGUCCAAAACGCGGACUUCGUCCUUUCGCACUCGCUCGAAGAAGCCCGAACCAACUGUUCCCUCGACGCGGAGGGCUCGUUGAGCCUGGACCUCAAACUGUUCAGCGCCACGGGGUCAGCCAAGUUCCUCAACGACAGGAAGGCUACUGCCCACGAGGCUCGCCUCGACGCUUCAUGCACUGUUGUGCGUCGCACCCGCCGGAUUCCUCAAGAGGUGCUCGCGUCGACGAAGUACGGAAAAUAUCUCGACGACGCUCAGUACACACACUUCGUCGCUGAAGUCGUUGAGGGGGGAAGCGCUACACUUAGCUUUGUCCGGGCCUGUUCCUCGGCGGAAGAAGCUAGAAAGAUUACAGGGGAGCUCAAAGUGAGCGUUGUCAAUGUUCCUGUCAGCGGUAGCGACAAGGUCGAGUUCUCUGCCAAGAACGAGUCGCUUUUCGAAAAUGUCAAGAUCUCUUACAGCGGCGCCAUAGCCGAGAAUGUUUCCAGCAUUGAAGAUGCUAGAAGGGUUGCUGGGGAAAUGCCCAAGACGCUGGCUAAGCAGAUGAACACGCUAUACUACAAACUUCUUCCGCUCUCGGUUCUCGACAGGAAAGCCAGCCGGACCAUCUGCAGCUUGGAUACUGGCCUCGUCAACAAGACGGCUGCUGUUCUCAAAGCCGGCUCCACCGCGGGUCUCAUGUUGCAGGAUCUUCUCGGUCAAGAUUUGUCCCAGAAAGAAUUCCCGGCAAUCGGACGGCAGAUUUCAAAUUUCCGGGCUGCCUUUGCUGGCGCCCAAAACGACUUUGAGCAGGAGGCGCGUCGCCUACUUCCUCAACUUCGAGACGGUAACACGGACGAAAACGAAAACGUUGCAGAUCUCCUGAAAGCGGCCAACUUAUUUCAGCGCCAGACUGAGCUUGCCAUGCGGUUCAUCGAUAAGAAGACAAGAGAGGCUAGCGUGCUUCAAAAGACGCUUGAUUCUCUGUUUGAAGAAGAAUUCGAGAACCAUCUGGGAGUGAUGAAGCUUCAAUCUCUCACGGGCGACACGUCACCGAGGCUUUUCCUAUCAUUAGGAGGUCCCUCUAUCGGUAUUCACAAGCACCCACUCCAAGCACGGAUCGAGUCUGGCCGCAAGAACUCUGACACGGGAGAGUCCGACGACGGCUUGGACGAAGAGUGGUUCGAGAACGAUGACAUCAUUGCCUUCGUGAGGCAGUCUUGUUGUGCUCUGCGAAAGCUGCGCUUACUGCCACCUGCAACCGCUCCAAUUUGUUUUGGGGUUGCAAGCAUAGAUACCGCAUACCGCCCUGGCGGCCAAAAGAAGGUCAAGACCAGUAUUGGCGACAUCAUCCUCGACAACCAGGGAAGGUUUACCAUCGUUACCGGAAUGCUUCCCAGAGCUCCUGCAGCGCCAUAUUUAGCCAUCGAUGGUAAGACAAUUGCAGUAGCUCUGGUCCGGGCACGAGAGGACCUUGAAAAUGAAAUCAUACCGACCACAGGCUUUCUGAUCAGAUAUCGACGGCGUCAAAGUCCUCUUCGAAGCGCCGCCUUCCCCAAGGCAAUCGAGAAUGAUUCUCCCACAGAGGUUUGCUGCGCCGCUUCAGAGUCGCAUUUAGUCCUUGGAUCGCUGUCAGACAACUCCGACUACGAAGUUGAAGUCAGCGUCCAGACUAUGGUCGGGGCGUCUGCCUGGAGUCCUGUAACAGUUGUUCACACGCCUAAGCCAUCGACUAUAGCUCGCCAGAUGAUGGAGUUCUUUGAGAAGACUAGGCGGCUGCGACUGCAAGGUUAA